AUUUUAAACCUUUUACAGUCUCUUUACAAAAGUGUUCCAAUUAAAUUUUUUUCUAUCGUAAAGUAAUCUGUCUUCAAGGCAUUAAUACAUGAAUCUAUUGCUUGAAGGAAAAAUGACAACUAUUCUCAGAUAUAUGCAUUAUUUCUCAGGUGGAAUGCUGCAUUUAUUAACAAAGUUAUUUUAUUCUAUCGGUCUUUUAAGUUUUUUUUUUUUAAUUUGUUUAUGGUAUUAUCAAGAACGUCUGUUAUUUCAUCCGCAUACGCCUUCUGGUAUGGAUACUCCUGACAAAAAUCCAGAGCCAAUGCAGAACCCUGGUCAAAUGAACAUGCAAUACGAAGAUGUCUACUUUUCUACCAGUGAUAAUGUUUGUUUGCAUGGAUGGUUUAUUAAAGAAACAAAAAAAGGAUCCGACAUAACUAUUUUAUUUUUCCAAGGCAACGCAGGAAAUAUUGGUUUAAGGCUUCCUAACGUUCUCCGCUUCGUAAACUUAUGCUUUGUUAAUGUUUUUAUAGUUUCAUAUCGUGGAUAUGGCUACAGCCAGGGGCGCCCUUCUGAAGAAGGAUUAUAUUUAGAUGCUCAGGCUGCAUUGAAAUAUUUAUUGACACGUGAAGACAUUAAUACAUCCAAAAUCUUUCUCUUUGGAAGAAGUAUUGGAGGAGCAGUUGCUCUUGAUUUAGCUUGGAGACACCCUGAACAAAUUCGAGGUGUUAUAGUCGAAAACACCUUUACAUGUUUAAGAGAUAUGAUUUUUGUCAUCAUGCCUUUCCUGAAAUUGUUUUCAUCGGUAGUUGGUAUCGCUCAACGUGUGUAUAUGGAGUCCAUCGAAAAAGUUUUUAAAAUAAAAUUACCUCUUCUCUACAUUUCUGGUUUGCGUGACACAUUGGUGCCUCCAAGUCAUGUAGCCGCAUUAUUUAACGCAUCAACAGCCUCACAAUAUCGCCAACUUCACACGGUAGCUUUGGGAACUCAUAACACAACCUGGAGAGACGGUGGAAAAGAUUAUUUUAAGGCAAUUCUUAACUUUAUAGAGCACGUUUUGAAUAUAGAAAAUCACACUACUUGUAAAAAGUAACCCAAAAAACUUUAAAACCUCCGUUAAACACAAUGCUAGAGUAUCUAAUAAAUUUAUUUGUUACAUUGACAGAACAGUGCAUUUCUUAUAAGAAACAAUUAAAUUGGUACUGAUUCUUUUUGUA